AUGGUUAUGGUGAUUGUUGUGGGGCUUCUCAUCGAUAAUGUCGGACUGCGUAUAGUGAAGCUGGGAUCCGUCGUUCUGUACUUCAUUGGAACCAUGAUGUUUGCAUUCGUAUCAAAGGAGGUGUCGUGGCUCAUUUUCCCGGCUGGCUGUUGCACUUGUGUUGGAGGAAUGGGAAUGAUGGUCUGUAACUUUAGUAUAAGCCUUCUUUUUGAUGCAACUUCUGUACUUGUCCUGGCCUUUAUUGACGGUUCCUACGAUUCGUCCUCCUCUAUGUUGGCUAUCGUCAGUCAAACCAAUGACGCUGGAUUGUCUUUUAGGACAAGUUUUCUCAUCUUAAGCGUUGUGGGCACUUCAAUGGGUCUUUUCAGUGGAUUGUUCGUACUUACAGCCAAGAUGCCGAGUAUGGUUGAUAUCAAAAAGAACGCGAAAACAGUUGUUGCUGAAACUAACGACGACGACGAAGAAGAAGUGAAAUCGAUGGUAAGUGAGGUUCUUUCAUCUAAAUAUUUACAUCCUAUAACGGGUUAA